AUGAUCAAAAUAUGUAAAUAUAGUACAUUACGUUACGUUUAUUUUCAUUCUCUGUUUGUAGUCUGUUUCCCUGGUCAUUAUCACUGCGGUAAAUACUGUGUCGAUUUAGCAUAUGCUCCACAGUGUCUUGUCAAUCCUCGAUGUGAUGGUUCAUCCACAGCACCGCGCUUUUGCCCACUCAUAAAAGAGAAACUGUGUACUGUUAAUGGUUCAAUACCAUGUAAAGGUUAUGGCGAGUGUAUAUUUCUUAAAUGGGUCGACCAAGGAAAAGUAUCCUGUUUGGACAGAAGUGACUCAGAUUCCGAGUAUACCUCAGCGUUUGCUUUUAUAUCCGAUGAUACAGAUGUUCCAAAAACUAAUAUAUGGCAACCACAGCUUUUGCCGUCAGUUGAGACGAACACCGAACCAAAUUUUGAGGAACACCAUACGACGCCAAUGUGGCCAUUUAUUGGCACAUCAAAUAUUAUUUAUGAAACAGAUACUACGGAUGCCGUCGAAACCACUCGUUCAACUACAGCUGUUCACAGUCAACCAAUUACAGUUACUGAACCAGUGUUUAUUCCGGUUACGGAAACUCAACUCGUUUACUCGACAAACCUCGAAGUUGUUUCUGCUAAAAUCUCGGUUGUAACAGCUGCAGCUGCUACACAUACAACGAAAAAUUUAAAGACAGCGCCGAUUAGGCUAACAAUGGAACCUGUAAGCAGCUUUGGUCAACAAGACCAUUAUACUUCCACCACAACAAAGCUGGAAUCAUCUACUUCUUAUAACUUCCUAACCACUACGACUACGGUGUUUGACAGAGAACGAAGUGAAGCGUGUAAAAGGAGCAUUCUGAACGAAGCUGAAGCAGUCGUCGAAAAACCGUUCUGCCAGUGUAAACUGUCACAGGCGAUUGAUGUCAAUGGAAUAUGUCAAGAUGCUGACAACGGUUUCUUUGGCGCAGCAGUUUAUGAUUUGUGUGGUGGUGUCGGUUUAACUCAAAAACAACAAGCGAUUUUAAUCAUUUAUCAGCUUUCUAAAACAAUGCCAUAUUCUAUAUGCAUUUCUAAAUCGGAUCACCCUGCGGUUGUAAGUGUGGUGUGUAAAGACUGUCAGUUUCAAGAAGUUCUCAGAAACUAUCAUUCCGACGCAUCAGACAUCAUUAAGUUAGAUUUCACAGAUUUGCAACACGUCCUUUGCAAAGACAAGACUUUGAAUGACUGUGAUCCCCAUGCUUCAUGUCAUGUUGAUGGAAUCAGUUACAAAUGUGUGUGCCCAGGAACGAUGAAUGACACAUCGAAUGGGACAGGUCGGAAAUGCCAAAAAUUAAUGAUAGCUUCAACAACAUCAACGAAAAGUCAAAAAUCUUCUCGACUUGCGAGGGACACAAAUUCUCGUAUAUCGCCUACUGAAGAUGGAAGUCGUAGCAGCGCAACAUUACCAGAUGGAGGCGACAGUGAAACCAACAGAAGCAAAAACAGCAGCAAGUUGGGCGAUUUUUUGGACCAGACUGUUCUUCCAAGUCUCUCUGAUGAUACCAAAGAUCGUAUGUCUCAUUCGCGUUCGAUGCCAUCUUCCAUGGGCAAGCAAAUCACUGAAGCAGAAGUACAUCAUGUUCCACUUAACGACGAUACAAUCAGCAGAAGCUCCGCGAACUCUAAUUCUAACCCUACAAUGUGGAAUGCAUUCAAAGUCUUAGGCAAUCAGUACAUUAAAGGAUCGGCAACCAGAAGAAGCAGUUCAUCAUCUCUAUAUCGACUUUUAAAAGAAAGAGAUUUCAAGAUUUCCAAAUCUCCUGUAACUGUAUCAGCAGCAAUCCAAAGAAUAAAAUCCAAGAACCACGAACACAGCACCGCUGACGCAGAAGGACAUUGCAAAGAAGAAGAGGAAGAAAAUAAUAUGACUUCAUCAUCUUUUGCAGCUAAUCAUGAUGAAGCCUCCACUUCGCACCUUGAAGAUUUGCGAAGUGACAGUCACAAAAUAGAGCACAAAACUAUCAGUGAAGGAAAGAAGAAAGUAUCUGACCUCGCCCAUAACCUAAAACUUAUAUCUGUUAUUGGUAGCAAUUUCAGACGAAAGAAAAAAUCCAAAAAAGCUGCCCAGGAUUCAAAAAACGCUCAUGAUAUAGAGCAAGAAGUAAAAACAGAAACAAAAAUCACUGAAAAAGAUGAAAAUUCACUUCAAACUCUAUUUGCAGAAAAUCCAGCCAUGUGUUUGUCAGGAGAUGAAUCAGGGGAACCAGAAACCUUAAAUAGUGAUUCCGAACAGAAAAAACAAGAGAAUAAUAUACAAGAAGAGGAUUCUGCACAUCGGCAUAGUUCGAUAAAAGAUUCUGCAAGUACAGCUACACCAAGUUUCCCAGAAAAUUCCACUGUCCAGCAAGUACCUGUCAGAAAUGAGGAGAGUAAUGAAGAGCAGAAAAGUGCACCAGCUAACGAUAACGAAAGUAACGACCUACACAAAUCAGAAAAUCCAGUGUUAGUGAAACAUGCAGAACAGCCGUCAGAGCAAUCACCAACGUCUAUAAGUGCAACAACAACACUAACAGCACCAGUGUCGGAAUUAUCACCAGCACUGCUAGCAGAAUCAUCAGCGACACCAGCAUCAACAGAAACACCAGAAUUACUGUUACCGGCGGAAUCAACAGCACCACCAGAAUCGGCAGGUUUAGCAGGGUCACCACCAACUACAACAACUGAAACAAUGAUAACCACAGACAAAGAACUGACUGUCUCCAGCGAGAACCUCUUUGAAAAGAAAAACGAAGGAGACGAUCUAAAUCCAAAAUCUGAAUCUCAUCAUACGAGAAGCCCCAGUCCUUGUAAAUCUCCAAAGUCGAAAAUCAAAGCACUUUCAGUAAUUAUACCAGUGUCACACUAUGGCAAAGCAAAAUACCUCAAGAAUGUCGAGAAGGUAGAAGAAAUUAGACAUGAAUUUCUCGAGGCGGAUUCUGCAGAAACAGCAACUUCAGAAAGUUCUGAGGUCGACUUUACGAUCAUAUCAGUACCAAAAGGAGUGUAUCCAACCGCUGAGAGUAUUCCAAUAGAAGCAAUAAUUGAAGAAUGCCAUUCACUAAGUACCAACGCAAAAAAUAAACAAACAGAUACGGAAGAAGCACCUGAUAAAAUUGGUCUCUCAAAAGAGCACUCAGCGGAGGCAGUGCCUUCAGAGAACGACCUCCCUGAGGAGGGCAAUACAUUAGGUGAAAACACGUCAGUUGUUGAGGAGGAUAGUAAAGAAGAGACAAAUCAUAGAUGCGAAGAAGCUAGUGAAAAAGUCGAAAAGCAGGAAACACCUGAAAACCUCAAAAUACCUGAAAAAGUAAGGACAUUUCAGAAGAUUAGACUCACUGGUUUUUUAAAAUCAGUUCACCAAACAAAAAAACUUUUGCAGUCAAAAUCACCGGAAGAAGAAAUUACGCUAGCUCAGCUCCAGUUAGAGCAUGAAGGUGAAGAAAUACCGCUGGGAAUCCACUUUUUGAAAGCGCAAGAUUUAAGGAAGCCUUUUUUACGAUACAUGUCGGAAGGCAACAACAGAAUGGCUGGCAGUUCAAGCGGUGAUAGAAUUACUGCCAUUUCGUGCCCAAAUACGUCACGCCUUGAUUUAAAAAACCUGCCAAAACUAUCGGGGAAUUUUUCCAAUAGUUUCACAACUCGAUUGAAACGUGUUACGGCUCCUAAAGCAGAAGACAUCACAGAAAAGCUGAUGUUGCCAAAACUGAAAAAAACCUCGAAUGGCAACGAGAAAGAUAGUGAUUCUGACUCUCAAGAAAAAGAGGUCUUGGAUGCGCUGACGAACCAGACAUCUAGUAACUUAAAAAAAGACGCUCACGAAAUAGAGAACUGCGGUGAAGUAGAUCUCGAUACAGACGAAUUUCGGCAAAAAGCACGUAACAAGUUUCGUGAAAGAUUGCAAGAAAAGCUCCAGCUGAGCAUAGAGUCUUUGUCAAGUGAUGACCUUGACCCAACAAGAACCUCACCAACCGCUAAAAGACAGUGCAAGAAAACAAUGGAUAAACCGCUUAGCUCCAGACGCUUGUUACAUUCCGUGGAAAGAGAGUUCAAGGUUAAACCUCCACAUCUUCAUUCCAUUUUAUCCCAUCGAAGCUCUUCAAGAAGUAGUUUAGACACCUUAUCAAAAGCUCGAAGUACUCCCGGUCGAACUACACCAGUUAUAAAACGUAAAAUUGAACACAAGCGUGAAAAAAGUCAAACGGCCAGAAGUCAUCCACCAACAGCGAGUAUUGGCGGACGAAAAUGGAACUUAAUUUCAACAUUUUCAACAUCUGAAAACAAAGGCAUUGGAUUUCCGAAACAUCUACCUCUUGCUUUUGAAACCCCAACAAAACUUACCAUAACAACAGACGAAACCAAAGUUACUGUGUCGUCAGCGCGAAAUCGAAGCAAAAAAGGUUUUGAACACGCUACCAUAAUACGCCCAAUAAAUACUGCACGGUCAGUUGGUGGAAGAAGUAGUGGAAAAUUAACAGCGUUUGAGGAAGAUUCCGAAGUUGAAACUGUUCGAGAAAGAAGGCCAACGUUAGCUAAAGAGGAUUUAUGGUGGACUAAGUAA